AUGCCGACGAAACGUGCUGACCUCGAGGUCUCCUCUCGAAGUUGUCAUGACCUCGCACUUGGUGGCGUCAAUACCCACUUUGGCCAGUCUUGGCGCCAGACUUUUUCUGCUACAAAAUCCCAUCGAGCUGCAACCAACUUCAUUCGAGACCAACAUGCACACUCUGAAAGUGUGUUGACUCGAGUUCUGGUUGAAGGCGUCGAGAGCAGCUCUUCGCCGAUUGGUCGUCUUCGCCUCCGCUACGCAGACCCUUCAGGGCUGAAGCGCUCUGGCCGGACUCGUGGCGCCAAUCGGCAAUCCACUCUGAGCCGGACGUCU